AUCACUCUUUCCACAUUCUGUAGGCUUCUCUUCUUACUCUCUGUUCUUCUUCUUCUUCUUCUUCUCCUUUUUUUUUUCCUUUUUUUUUUUUUUGAAUUACUUUCUCUCAACUUUCUUGCCAAAUUCUAAUUUGCAAAGUGUUAUUCAUUGGAGUACUGAUCAGAGCAUAUAUAUCGGAUUCAAAGCAAAGGAAAAUGGUGGGUUGUGAAUUUUACUUAAAGGAUAAAACAGAUUGGCUUAUUCCCCUUCUUCAAACUGAGUUCUUUGGCCCUUGCUCUGAUCAUCGAGACCUUAGGAAAAACGAGAAAAAUGUGUUCUGCAUCGAUUGUAAUCUCGAAUUUUGCCGGCAUUGUAAGGUUCAUAGCCAACAUCUUUCACUUCAGAUCUGCAAAUAUGUGUAUCAAGAUGUUGUUCGCCUUCAAGAUAUGCAGAAACAUAUUGAUUGUUCCAGAAUUCAGACAUACAAAAUCAAUGGUGAAAAAGCUGUGCAUUUGAACCCUCGGCCUCAAGCUAAAGAUGCCAAACCAUCAACAAAAUCGAAAACUGGUGCUGCCUGCGAAGCUUGUGGAAGAUACCUUCAAGACCCUCCUAAUAGAUUUUGCUCUAUCGCAUGCAAGGUCUCAGCUGUGCAGCCUGGAAACCGAACUGAAAAAAUCAAAUUGCCGAUACGAGAAUUCCCUCAUGUUUCAUGGAAAUACAAUAAAAAUUCACCCGAAAUAAGUACAGAAGAAAAGCAAUCAUCUCUUUCAUCAACUGAUGUUUCUGAGGAGACAAAGACAUGGGUGACCAAAAGUCUAUUAAAGCCUAGGAAAAGAGUGAAGAAAAGGAAAGGCAUUCCUCAUAGAGCUCCUGUCAGCUAAUAACUCAAGAGUUUUUGGUAGAUACUCAACAAAGGGUACUUAAAAUAGCUUUUAACAGUUGGAUCAAAUCAUACAUUUUUUUUUUUGGCAAUGAAUUGAAGUUGGUCUUCAAGAUUAGACCCUCAUUUUGGAACUUAGUUGGGUUGGUUGAGAAAGGCAGUCCCACAAUACCAUUAAAGACUGAUAUCUUUUUGUUUUGGUUCUUGUUGAGAUUGUACAGCAUGUGAAAAUGGUAUUGAAUUGAAGUUGAUGGGCUGCAUAUAACAAUGUUUUCAAAGACCUAUUGUAUCUACCCCUCCUUUGACAGGUUUCAUUGGAUCUAUUAUAUGAUUUUGUUCUUC